AAUUCAGAUAGCCUUUAUGCACUUUCUCUACAUAAGCCCAAAUAAACGAGUUCCUAUUCCAGUUACUACAGUCCUGUGGAGAUUGUUGGGGUGAUAAGAGAUGUUACUGUUCCUGACAAAUCCUUUCCUAUCCGGGUCUUCCUUUCGGUAACUUGAUCUCGUUGAGCGCACCCUUCCUCCCCCUCCCACACGGCUGUGACUCCUUUGCAGGUGCGGUCCCUUUAAGAAUUCUGUGCCUCUCCCCUCCAGUCCCCGGCAGCUGGGAAACUUUCAGUUCGUUCCCUUUCUCGCUCUGUUGUCACUCUCCUUUUCCGCCUUGUGGGGCCAGCAACCAGCCCCGCGGCCAUUGUCCUGCCAGGCAGCUUCCUGUGAGCGCAGGGUUUUUUCUAAUGAACACAAGAGGCUGUGGGAUUUCAGUAAGGAUACUGGGCCAUGGACAUUACACAAAAUAUGGAGCUGGUUAACCUGAACUUCCUGUCGGACACGGAGAGAGACCUAAUCUUACAAGUCCUGCAGAGAGAUGAGGAUCUUCGGAAAGUGGAAGAGAAGAGAAUUAGGAGGCUGAAGAAUGAACUUCUUGAUAUUCGAAGAAAAGGGGCCAAGAGAGGAAGUCAGCGUUACAGCGAAAGGGCAUGUGCUCGCUGCAAGAAUAAUAUGGGAAGGAUUGCUCCCAAAGCCAAUACUUGCCGAGGCUGCAAUCACCUGGUGUGCAAAGAAUGCCGAAUGGAAAGUACUGGAGGAGGCUGGAAGUGCAAUGUCUGCAGCAAGGAAGCUGACCUGAAGAAAACAACAGGUGACUGGUUCUAUGACCAGAGGGUGAACCGCUUUGCUAACCGUCUUGGGCGUGAUAUGGUGAGGAUGUCCUUGCGACAAAAGCCUCCAGCAAAUAAAAGGGAAACGACUGCUCAAGCGCUCCUAGAGUGUUCCCAGCCUCUCAAUGAGCCAAAAACAAGAAAAGGACAGAGAAGUCCUCAACAACAACAGAAGAGUUCUGGCAGCUCCCCAAACCUCAGGGACCAGAAAAGUGACACUGAAUCUACAGAGCAAAUGAGUCUUAGCAGCUACAAAACUGACUCCAAGAGAAGCUCUCCAUCACUUUCAAGGAGGAAUUCAUUGGAAAAGGCCACUACCCUGCCAGAUCCCAAAAGAACACAAGGACCUACAGGGGCUAAUGUUGCGACUCUCACAGUGCCUGUUAAGUCAAGGGAUCACCAUCAGUCUGACUCGGAGGGAGAGGCUCUUCUGGGGAAUCGAAGCGCAGGAUCUGCCGAUGAAAGUGAUGCCCUAUUUAAAAAGAAUCCAAGAAGGCUCUUAAAACCUGCAGAUUACAGUAAAUCUGUCCUUGAUCUACGGCCAGAGGAAAAAGCUCCAGAAGAAAAUGCACUGGGAGAUAGAAGCAAAUCUGUUCCACGUCUUAACAUAGAAAUGGAAGAUGAAGAUGAGGAUAUUGACAACUUAGUGGAGAUUCAUCGCUUGUCAGCAGGCAGAAGCAGUUUACGAAGUGGAACUUCCACUAGCACUCUGGGUAGCAUGAUGAGCAUCUACAGUGAGGCUGGAGAUUUUGGCAAUGUGAUAGUAACUGGAGAAAUUAUAUUUUCAAUGAAUUAUGAUGCAAAAGUACAGCUUUUGAAUGUCCAUGUGAAGGAAUGUCGGAAUCUUGCCUGUGGAGAUGACCUGAAGAUGAGAUCAAACCCGUAUGUUAAGUCUUACCUUCUGCCUGACAAAUCUCGUCAAGGGAAACGUAAAACAACAAUCAAGCGCAACACCACAAAUCCAAUGUACAAUGAAGUUUUAAAGUAUAUAGUUCCGGAAUCUAUGCUCCAUGUGAGAUCGCUUGAGCUGUCUGUCUGGCAUUAUGAUCGUUUUGGCAGAAACACAUUUCUAGGGCAGGUGGAUCUUCCACUGGAUUCCUGGAACUUCGACAACUUGACAGAAGAGUGUCUUCCUCUGCAUGGAAAGGGCACCAUGGAUAGUGGAGCUGGCUUUAAUAACUCCAAAGGGGAUCUGGUGGUUUCUUUGAAGUACGUUCCACCUACCAAGCCCUCUGGAAGCGAGAGGCGAAAAAAAAAAGUAGAUGAAGGGGGAGAACUUCAAGUCUGGAUUAAAGAAGCCAAAAACCUCACAGCCGUUAAGGCAGGAGGGACAUCUGACAGCUUUGUUAAAGGAUACCUAUUACCACUUAAGAACAAGAACACAAAGAGAAAGACCCCGGUUGUGAAAAAAACCCUGAAUCCACAUUAUAAUCAUACCUUUGUGUACAAUGGGAUAAAGCCUGAGGAUCUUCAAAACGUAUGUCUGGAGCUGACAGUCUGGGACAGGGAGCCACUGUCCAGCAAUGACUUCCUGGGAGGAGUGAGGUUGGGUAUUGGAAAUGGUAUGUCCAAUGGUGAGCAUGUAGACUGGAUGGACUCUACAGGGGAGGAGCUUAGCCUCUGGCAGAAGAUGAGACAAUACCCAGGAUCCUGGGCUGAAGGAACCUUGCAGCUUCGUCCCUCUAUGGCCAAGCAAAAGUGAAAAAGCACAAAGCAUUAUUGUCACAAUGCUCUUUGCAUUAAAAAACUACUUAUCUAAUUUUAAA